AUGUUUCCUCACAGCAACCUCGCUUCAGACGUGCCCACAGGCCUACAGGCUAUUGAUAUUUCUACGAGCAUCAUUCCGGAGGAACAGAAAGAUCGACUUCUCAAACUACCCCCUUGCUUUUCCGGUUUCAUUCCUCUCCAAAACCUGCCUGUCUCGGCUCUUGUUGACUCUACAACUCUUCCUGAUUUCGAUCCUGCGCUUGGUGAACUUGAUAUCUGCAAGUUUUUCUCCUCCACACUUGGAUGGGAUAUGAUGCUGCAAGGCCCUGGUGCAUUCCUUGAGACGUCCGAUCUUGCUGAAAGGCCCAUUAAUGGGAUUCUGGUACCAUUCUGGAUGGCGAAGAAACAGCAGCAAGGUGUCCCACUUGAUCAACCAUGCAUUCUGCAGCUCGAUUGCUGGGUAAUUCAUCGCUCUAUCGCAUUUCGCACCUGGCUUGAUGUCAACCACCCUUGGAUCCAUUAUUGUUUUGUCCCUGCCGGUACAACUGGUGUUGCACAGCCCUGCGACGUCGGCAUUCAACGAUCCCUCAAACUGGCUAUAAAGGAGCUGCAGCACAAAGAUAUUGUUUCAGAAACUCUAUCACAACUCACGGCUGGAAAGACCCCAGAUGACCUUCGACUUGACGUGACAAAACCAACGCUCCGUGAUCGGCGAUCGCUCUGUGCGGUGGUUCAUCGAGGCCUUCAAGCUCCUCAACAAGCCUGGCAUCAUACAAAAGCUGGUGCAGACAACAUGUUCAACCUGUCAUUUGAGAGUCUGACAAGUCUUGAAGCCCGUCGCAUGCUUCGUGACUUGCCACAAACUGCUCCAGACAUGUGGGAGUGCAUCCAACUACGUCGUCAGCCUGCUAGCGAAGAUGCGGAGGCUGUCACUCAAGACACGGAGGUUGUUACUGAGUCAGUACCUGAAGAUAAUGAAGAGGAACCAGGUGACGAUGCUCCGUUAGAGCUCCUCUUGCAGUUUGUUGCAUCUGGCAUGAAGUGUGCACCUGAUGGGUACAGGAUUGAUGUAGAUGGGUCGCUGGUUGUUGACUCUGCCGGUGAUACAUUCGAGGAGGUUCAAGUUGCCAUUUCUACGGACCCUGAUACUACAUUUGGGAGGGGAAAGCGCAGACAUGUUGCAAACAAGCAAUAUGAUGUGUUUGAGGAGCACUAA